AUGCCUGUAUUGUUCUUAGAGAAUGGAGAAACGCUUCUCAGUGAUACAGACAAAGCCAAUGCUUUUGCUCGAUCUUUUGUCCAAGUUGGAGAAACUACCAAUGCUGACAGUUCGGAUAAAGAGAUCAAUAGGCAGUUUGAAAAUCUUCCUUUCAAGAACACAGGUAAUAUGCCUCAAGCAAUUAACGAACAAUUUCAGAUGAUAGAGUUAGAAAGUAUCCUACAAGAGAAUUUCAGUUGUUCAUUAUCAAACAUGAACGUGUCAAUGGCGAUGGUUUGUGAUGGAUAUUACGACUGUGAUCAUUACGAAGAUGAAUUAAAUUGCAAUAAUCCAGCUAUUUAUCUAAAGGAAGGGGAAUUGCACUCAAUCUCCAUACCACGCAACUACACAAGACGAUUUUACCACGUAACCGUGCUACAAACAAACGAUACGAAUGUAUUUCGAAUCGUGUUCCAAGAUUUCUAUAUCAGAUUUACCAAUCAAAUCCAAAUAGGGACAGGCACUGAUCCAGCUGAUACACAGUCCGUCACCAAAACUUUCUCUGGAUCUACUUCUUGCUGUCCUUGGGAUGUUUAUAUAGAGACCGAUAAUAUGUGGAUUGCUGUCAUAGGCGGACUGACUUACACCAAUCUUAAGAUUGAUGCGGACAUCGUUUCUUUCAACCUUUCAACUCUGUUUAAUUGUCCAAUGAGCAAUAUGAACGUGUCAUCAGAUGUUCUCUGUGAUGGAGUGUACCAUUGUGAUCAUUAUGAAGACGAAUCAACAUGCAAUUACACUGCGACGUAUCUGCAACUAGGUGAAUCUUAUUCAAUCGACAUACCACGCAACUACACUAGACGAUUUUACCACGCAACCGUGCUACAAACAAAUGAUACGAAAGGAUUUCGAAUCGUGUUCCAAGAUUUCUAUAUCAGAUCUACCAAUCAAAUCCAAAUAGGGAAAGGUACCGAUCCAUCUGAUCCACAGUCUGUCAUCACAAGUCUCUAUGGUACUAGAACCUCUUCUGAUGAUGUCUAUGUGGAGACCAAUAAGAUGUGGAUGGCUAUCAUAGGAGGACUGGCUGACACCAAUCUCUUCAUAGACGUUGGCAUCUUUGCUAUUGAUCUCUCAACCCUGUUUAAUUGCUUUGUGAGCAAUAAGAACGUGUCACUGGUAUCAGAUUUUCUGUGUGAUGGAGUGUACCAUUGCGAUCAUUAUGAAGACGAAUUAGCAUGCAAUUACUCAACGACGUAUCUGCAAUCAGGUGAAUCAUAUUCAUUCAUCAUACCACGCAACUACACCAUACGAUUUUACCACGCAACCUUGCUUCAAACAAAUGAUACGAAUGGAUUUCGAAUCGUGUUCCAAGAUUUGUUUCUCUCUUCUAGUCAUCGAAUCCAAAUAGGGGCAGGUACUGAUCCGUCUGAUCAACAAUCUGUCAUCACAACCAUCAAUGGAUAUAGAACUUGCUGCCCUGUUGAUGUCUACGUAGAGACCAAUAAGAUGUGGAUUGCUGUCACAGGUGGUCUGACUUACACCAAUCUUGAGAUUGAUGCGGACAUCAUUGCUUUCAAGCUUUCAAGUGAAUAUAUUUACUAG